AUGGAGUGUGAGGGCCCCCUUGCCGCUGGAACCGGGGAGUCAGAGAGCUCCACGCUAGCCCGUCUGGCUGGACCGGAGCCUGCUCCCAAAUGGGCGAAGCGGGCGGAUGCGCCCAUAACACGUUUUAGUAAGGGCGCUCAAAAGUGGACGGGGGGAAGAAUCCCAGAGGAGGAGAAAAGAGCUGCGCUGGAAAGUUUGGUCUCAGACAUGGAGGCGGCAUCCUCCAAGGGCCCCAACGCGGCUUUGCUCAAGACCUGGCAAUCAGUGCAUGAGAGUUGGUUCGGAGCCGAUGGAGAGCCUGCUUUCCCUUUGAGUGUGGAGAAGCUGCGGGCUGUUGGUGCUGUGUUCAAGGCCCGAGGUUACCGCAGUUUUCCCAACUACCUGACCAAGGCGAAGCAACAGCACAUAAGGCUAACUGGCAGCUGGCCCGUUCUGCUUGACCUGGAGGCCAGGCAGAUUAAGCGCAGCGUCCGAAGGGGUUUGGGCCCCAGUCGUCAGUCAGAACCUCUACAGCUGGAACGCGUGGCAGAAAUGCCUUCUGACCUGCUUAGCUCUCCGGAACCGCUGGUGGAAGAUGGCCCUGUUGGCCCGUGGAAUCUUGCGGUUCUGGGUGUCUAUUUUAUGCUGCGCGAGAUCGAGUCCAGCCUCUCGCUUGCUUCCAGCAUAACUUUGGACUUCGCUCUGAAGAUGGUGUGCUGGCUACUACCUUCAUCGAAGACUGACAGCACGGCUUUGACCACCACUAGGGAAUGGCAUUGCUUGUGUGAGGCCAACACAAUUUGGCUCUGUCCUUUUCACGCAGCGGUGCGACAGAUGGAGUUCCUCAAGGACCUGUUCGGUGACGAGAAUGGCGCUCUACCGGCUGGGCUUCCUUUCUUUCCGUCUGUGAGAGGUGAGACUGUUGCCAAAGAAGCGGUGGUCUCGACGCUCAAGGUAUGGCAUAGACGUGCUGGCAUCACUGUUGUGGACUCCGACGGCAAUGAGCUGAUGGGGGGACAUUCCAUGCGUACCGGCGGAGCUGUGCUGUUGGCGAGCGAAGGGGUGCACCUUUACCAGAUCGAGCUCAUGGCUCGAUGGAAGAGUGCGAUGCUCGUGCACUAUGCCAAAUCUGCUCCUCUAAAGAAGAUGAGCAGAGAUUAUGUGCGCAACAAAGUCCAGCAAGAGCUACACAGUAGGUUGGACGAACUGGCGCAGGCACUGGAAGAAGUGAAGAAGCAGUGCCCGUCGAAGCCCUCCCAGCUGGAGAGGGCAGAGUUCGUCGCUGAGCGGAUCAAGGGGCCCAUGCGGAAGAUGGCUCAAGAAGAGGUUUCUUUGCUCAAGAGGCAGCUCCUUGCUGCUCCGAGCGCCUACAUUCAGAACCCAGACAGGCGGAAAACCUGGCACAAGGCUUCUGUGGAUGGAUACCUGCACCCUCCGAACACUUGGAGGACCCUUUGCGGAUGGCCCCAUGGAGUCAACGCCUUCGUUAGAUGUGAUAACCUGCCCGAGGGGGACUAUGCGGGACGACACGACGUCCGGCAUCAUGGCGACAAGACGCCGUGGUUACAGGACUCGGACCUGUCGUACCUAUCGGCAUCGUGA